GUUGUGAAAAUGCUCAAAUGCUGAAGUUGUUAUCUGUUCCCUUUGGGUUUUGUUCCCUGGUUCAAAAUUCUCCUUUGGAUACAGCUUCUACAGUUCAAAUUUGUGUCCUUUUCUCCUUUUGUUUCUUUUUUUCAAUACAGGUAACUGUGAGAGUUGAAGACAUCAAUGACAACCCUCCAGUUUUCUCAGCAUGGAUCCAAACUCAUUUAUCAGCUCCUGAGAAUGCAGCUGGUCUAGACUUGGGCACAUUUUCUGCUACUGAUCUGGAUGUAGGAGAUAAUGCACUUAUUAGCUACUCUCUGCAAGAUGAUUUUGCUGAAACAUUCCAUAUCAACAGUUCUACUGGCAAACUGAUGACACAAAAACCCUUAGACAGAGAAGUGAUGGACAGUUAUGAAUUGAAAAUAAUUGCCACUGAUUCUGGCAAGCCACCACAAUCUGCAAGCUCAGUUUUGAGCAUCACUGUGGAAGAUGUGAAUGACAACCCACCAGUGUUCCCCCAAAAAUCCUACUCUGUGACUGUGAGGGAGAAUGAGCCUCCACAUGUGAUUUUGAGUGCAGUAGCCACAGAUGCAGAUAUAGGGUACAAUGCCAUCAUUCAUUACACCAUAACUGGAGAGACAACUUCAUUUCAUGUUGGAGAAUUUUCUGGAGAUAUUGCAACCCUUCAGCCUCUGGACUAUGAAAGUCAAUCUCAAUAUGUCUUGAUUCUGAAAGCUUUCAAUCCUGGAGAGCCACAUCUCCAGGACACAGCAAACAUUACAGUUACUGUGGAAGAUGUCAAUGAAGAAGGACCCACGUUUGACCAGUCCUCAUAUUACAAGGUCCUCUUAGACAGCUCUACAGCUGGCAGCCUGGUAGUAGACAUCAAUGCAAGAGAUGAAGGCAAGGGUUAUGAUGAAGGCAUUUUCUACAAUAUUUCAGGUGGAAACUCAGAAGGCCUCUUUAGUCUUUCCAGUACCACGGGAGAGCUCAGGUUAACAAGAGACUUAUCCAAACAAACUGUUCCCCUGUAUUACUCCUUGAACAUCACCGCUACGGAUUCGGGUCUGCCACCUCUUUCAACCUCUGUAAAGGUGUCAGUCAUAAUUGCUCCCAUGGAUGUGUCCUUCCCAGUGUUCCUGGAAGAAGCCUAUCACCCUGCCCCUCUGUCAGAGAAGAGCCCCACAGAUACGUUUGUUGUUGAGGUUAGAGCCUUGUACAAGCUCCCUGUGAACUACAGCAUCGCCUCUGGAGAUGAGAAGGGAUAUUUCAUUAUCCAUUCGUCCAGUGGUAUUGUAAGAACACAUAAGAAUCUAGAACUGGAAGAUUUUCCAGUAAAUUUCAAGGUGCGAGCAACAGACUCAUCUAAUGCUGUCAUAUUUAAUGAAGUGGAAGUGAAGGUGGAAGUCAUUGAUGAAAACAAUUUCCCACCAGUUUUUCCAUCUUCUCUACUGGAAGAGAGACUGCCAGAGCAUUCCCCUGCUACUCAGAUUGUGCAGCUGAAAGCUCAGGACAAUGACACAGGCAGAAACGGUUUCCUGACAUAUGGCAUUCUCAAUGGACACAGACUGAAAUUCAGGAUAAAUGAAACCACUGGAAUCCUUUACUCCACUGCCCCCUUUGAUUAUGAAGAAGAACCCACAGAGUAUCAGGUUGUGGUGUAUGCCGAAGAUGAUGGAAUCCCUGAGAAGAAGAGGGGUUACUGCACAGUUGUGAUAAAGAUCACCGAUAUUAAUGACUGGCCACCUGUGUUUGAUCCAGUGUCUGACUUCAGUGUCCAUGAAAAUGUGCCUGUGGGAUUCAUAGUUGGAAAAAUCACUGCAUCAGACAGAGACACAGGAGACAAUGCCUUUGUUCUGUAUAACCUCACAGGUGAGGGAGAAAAUGUAUUUGAAAUAGAUCAAAUACAGGGCAUCAUUAAAAUAAGGAACUCUCCAGACUAUGAAACCAUGAAUAAAUACAACCUUACAGUGACUGCAAUCAACAAUAAAUCGGCCCCUUUCUACCAGGCAGCCACCCAUGUCAGCAUUGCAGUGAUUGAUGUGAAUGAUAAUGCCCCGGUGUUUGUCCAGAGCUCCUAUUCUGCUUCCAUAAACAUGGUGAAUCCCGUGGGUACUCCUGUCCUCACCGUGAGCGCCACUGACCGUGACCAGGGGCAAAAUGGCCUCAUUGAGUAUUACAUCCUCCCGGAUCCCACCGUGAGCCCAUUCUUCCUGAUAGAGGAUUUGAGUGAGGGGAAGAUAAUUACACCUGGAAACCUGUCUAGAUCUGGAGAGAUGCAUUUAACAGUGAUGGCAAAAGACAAAGGUUCUCCUCCUUUAAAUGGCACUGCUGUGGUUACUCUGAGUGUGUUUGACAACCGUCCAUUCGUUCCUCGCCUCAACAAAAGUGAGAUCAGGUAA